UGUAUUGUGUUGUACUCAAAUCAUAUUUUUUUGUGCAGAAAUAGUUGUACUUUUGAUGAGAGAAAGCCUGCAACAUUUCAGAAAUAAUUAUGGGUCGUCGAGAAGGUUUUUUGUAUAUUGGUGGGGGCAGAGUGUUUAAUUACAAAUGGAAACAGAGAUGACUGUGUUUGUUUUUGUAAUUGUGUGGGGACAAAGUUAGGAGAAAUCGAUGAUGAAUUGUGAGACGCACAAAGGGGACAUGUGGGUCCCACUCUCCACCAUCACCACCCUCCUCCUCCUCCUCCUCCCCCCUCCACCUCCAUUGUCUUCUUUUGUAUCACCAAACUCACCUCCCCUGUCUUUAUUCUCUUUCUCCCAACAAAGUUUAAAUCUUUCCUUGUGAUUUCAAAUAUCUCUUGUAAAAUGGAUGUUACCCUUGGCUUGUUAGGUAAUUCUCCGGCCGUUGAUGAUGGUGGUGGAGGUGGAGUGCCGUCUGGUGGAUCAACCACCGCUAGGUCUAUCUUGACAGUAUCGAAGGAAGAUAACAAGAACAACAUGGUAACCAUGUCUGUUGAGGUUACUUCAUCGUACCCUGUUGUCGACGAGAAUUUAGAUGAUCUUGAAUUGGGACUCGGGUUGAGUAUCGGAAUCGGUGGUGGUUUGAAGUCAAAAGCGGUGGUAGCAGGGCCUUGUUGGAAUCAAUAUGCAAGAAUCUUGACAGCGAAAGAUUUCCCUUCUUUGGUUUCGAAACCUAACUCUUCUUCUUCGUCUUCUUCAGUAAAUAUCCCAAAUUCAUCCACUUCUGGUUCCAAAAGAACCGCGGCAGAUUCUGUUUCUCCUCCUAAUGGUAACAGCGUCGUUGGGUGGCCGCCGGUAAGCAGAGCUCACCGGAUCCCUAGUUUGGCGAACAACUCCAAAUCACAAACCGAAGAACUUAACUCAAUACCCGAACAAAACAAAAACAAGAACACAACGAACAGAAUUAAGGAUUAUUCAACUGCAAGAAACGAGAUUUCCUACAAGAAAUAUCGUUCUGUAAAGGUGAACAUGGAUGGAACCCUGAUCGGAAGGAAAGUCGAUCUCAAUGCUCACACCUCGUACGAGGCCUUGGCUCAGACGUUAGAAGAAAUGUUCUGGGGAAGACGUAAGUUGGUAUUUUUGUUUUUGAUCUUGAUGAAGUUCCUGAACUGCAUAUUUUGGUGUUUAUAUUUUUCAAUUACUGAUGUAGGAGGAGGAUCUUCAAGAUUAUUAGACGGAACAUCUGAAUUUGUUCUAACUUAUGAAGACAAAGAUGGAGACUGUAUGCUUGUCGGAGAUGUUCCUUGGCAGAUGUUUUUAAGUUCCGUUAAGAGGCUUAGGAUCAUGAAAAAUUCCGAUUCUAGUGAGCUUUCAAGAAAUCAACACGAGACACAUAACUGAUGCAGUAUAAUGAUAUGCAUAUAAACUUUUAUAUUUUUGGUUAGAUGUAGUCGAACCAAGUUCUUGUUGGUUGAAGGGUGAAAGGAGAGUGAUGGUUUGGUUCUACGGGUUGUUUAAAUCCAAAGUGUCUCGGGUGAGACCGGUUUUGUCUGGGAGGUUUGUAUAAGUGUCUUGUUCUUGGUGCAAGCAUAUUUUAACUAAGCAUACACAAUGCACACAUCACUGAUAAUUUGAGUUCUAUGAUAUUGUAAUUAUGGAAUUUACUAUAUAUGAAAUUAGGGUUUUGGA